GAAGAACAAGGAAGGGAGGGCAGCAGGGGUGAGGAGAAGGGACUGAGGAGAGCAAUGAUAGCUCCAUGACGUGAACAGCUUGUUCUGAUUUCAUUUUAAUGAAAUCACCUCAAACGAAGGUGGUACAUCCAGAAUUAUGAUCCAACCCCGUGAUCUAUCACUUUUAUAUAUACACGAGAGAGUAAAGCAGUUUCCAUAGAGAGAAAUAUCACAGCCCACUUAACAAAAACACAAGAAAGAGAAGACGGUGACCAUGACAGCAACAUAAGUUCAGACAGAUGUCAGAUGAAUGUUUCUGAUGCAUCAUCCCUUUCUAUCCUGAAACUGCUGUCUGCUGCUGUUGGCCGAGCCUCCAGAGCAUAGUCAACUUAUCGGCCCAAGCAGCCAAUUCCCUUAGGAGCAUCCACAUCAAAUACACCAGCCUCCAAUUCUUCAGGGCAGAAUGCUGUUCCCUGCUCAAUUUCUGUUCCUACUGCUACUCCUAGGAACCUCGAGAACAGGCAUCUCCCACAAGCUCUACCAGACUGAGUCCAUCUUCAGCUAUAUUAAUACAGCCUUAUCUGGGGCUAAGAGUCAGCUAGGUGAUGGGUCCUCCCUGAACAAGAGGAGCUUUGGUUACAUUCCCAGUGCAGAACUAUCAUCUGAGGAGGAAUACAAGGAGGAGAAAGAAGGCAAUGAAGAAGACAAGGAGAAAAGAACUUUAUCUGGAGGUGGUGGUGGGAUAGGGGCAGGGAUUGAGGGUACCAGGUACAAGUACCAGUCUCAGGCACAGCUAAAGAGGAAGCUCUACCAGAACAAGGCUCACAGUGAUCGGCGCACUAAGUUCACCCUGUCCCUUGAUGUCCCUACCAAUAUUAUGAAUAUCCUCUUCAACAUAGCCAAGGCCAAGAACCUGAAGGCCAAAGCAGCUGCCAAUGCUCAUCUUAUGGCGCAAAUUGGGCGAAGGAAGUAGAGAUUCUUCUAGAGGAAGUCCAGCAGAAGCUGUAGGGAGUGGAAGUUAGAGAGGCUAAACUUGUAUAUAGGGUGAAAGGAGAUGGCGGAUUGGGUAAUCUAAUUGGUAUUUGUGGUUGGAACCUAUCUGGUUAUUUAAUCUAUGUCAUUUAUUCCCUUCUGGCUUGGCCUGUGGAUUACCCUUUCUCUGUACAUAUAAACAGAAUUGUGUUUUCUCUAUUUUAAAGACCCAUUUGUUUAUGCCUCUCACAAACUACUAUCUCCUUUCUCAGACCCUUUGACCUUAAACAAAGUUAACUCUUUUCUCUAAGCUUCUCCCAUUUGACCCCUUUUCUAUGAAGAGAAUUGCCCGGGUUUGUCUCUCUUUCGUCCUGUCCUACACCUUCCUCUUCCAAAGAAGGUGGCUUUUCCCCAUCUUUCAUCCAAAUCCCAUUUACUCCUACCAUAUUAAAACCAAUAAUCUUGAAA